AUCGUCUUCAAUUGAAGAUUGGAGAUUUAUCGCAAAUUAAUAUUGACUGUGGGGAAGCAUGCUUCCGUCAGUUGGAUACUUCAAAAGUAUCGUCUGUCCUUAUUUCGAAAAUGAGUCGUGUGAGAGGCCACAUUGUCAAUUCCGACACGAACACUUGCCUGUUCGAGCACCUAAACCAACUGUGGUCCUCAGAACUCAUGAUCCUGGCCCAUCUCAAGGAUCUCAAGAAGGAGAAAAUUCUUCGUCAAUCGAGCAGAUAGUGUCUGAAGCUGUCAAACGGGUCCUAAAGGAAAAUGGACAGCUUUUGGAGAAUUUUGAUGCCUCCAAAAUUAUGGAACUUGUUGGCCAGCAGAAGCUGGUUGAGAAGGUUGUGGAACAUCUUGCCCCUCCCGUCAGUCCCAAGAAAGUUGAAGGAAAUCCUAGAGAAUCUAGCCAUAAAAGCAAAAGUCACAAAUCCUACAACAUACCUGUCGGAACCCCCGCCUAUACUCCUACGCCCAUUGCUGUUCUCAAGAAAGGCAUAACAACCCCUUCGAAAGUGGAAAAUUAUGAACCCACAAAACCCUCUUCUGGACGGGUAGCCACUUACAAACCCAGCAGUAAGGUUGCUGCCAAAUCAGAAGAGACCUAUACACCAUCCACUUUGGAAAGCACUUCAGUCCCGUCUAGAGUAGAUAAUUAUGUGCCUAGAAACUCAUCCACUAGUUCAACUGCCACCUACAAGCCUAGCAAAGUCGUCUCAAUUAAAACAGAAGAAGGUUACACUCCUCCCUCCACGUUAGAAAACACUCCCGACGUCAACUACACACCGAGUAGUAGGGAUUCAGAUAACAUCAUCAGUGAUCGCUACACCCCUCCGUCCAAUUUGAACUGCGACGUCGACUACCAGCCAACCACUCGAGAAUUGAGCUCUGUUGAACCGUCGUAUUCUCCCAGUUGUUCAACAUUCGAAUCUGGAAUCGCCGAUUACUCGCCCAGCUCCAUCUCGACUCUAUCCACCGAGCCGAGUUACAGUCCAGCACCGACCAGUAGCAGCGUUUCGUUCGAAGUUGACUACACGCCCAGCUCUUUGGCCAGCGGCCAGCAGCUGACACCUGAAAAAUACCUCGAACUUUUCGAAGAUGCGGAAGAGGCUAGCGAGUCCGAGUCGAAGAAGAAACACCGAAAGACCAAAGAGGAGGAAAGGCGAAAAAGGGAAAAGGAGAAAGAGCGUGAAAGAGAAAAGGAACGACGCCGGCGGAAAGAGAAAGAAAGAGAAAGGGAAAAGGAAAAGAAGAAAAGUAGUCGUUCAAGUUCAGAUCAAGAUUCCAAAUCAAAACAUUCAAGCAAUAAAAAAUCGGGUAGUUCCAGUUCCAGUCCCAAGAAGAGCAAAUCUUCUGAAUCUAAAAAAUCCGAGUCUAAAUCUGAAGAAUCUAAGUCAUCUAAACACGAUGUGGAAAUGGAGUCGGACUCUGACGUGGACGAAGAGUGCUACCGAAUAUUCAAGGAAUACAAACCGAGUGCAACUAGCAGCAGCAACGGACAAGCCGACGAUCACAAGAAGCGGAAAUCGGAAGAUGUGCCUCCCGUUUCAGAGGCGAUUAUUCCCGUGAAGAAGCAGCGGGUAGCUCAUACUCAUGUCGACGCUCCAGUCCGACCAUCCAGCCUUGUUCGUGCCAAACCUGCACGCCUUACUCCGGGCAUGAUGAUGAUUGACCGUUUCAAAAGCUUCCAAGAGGCCAAAGUGGCGAGCGGAGAGCAAUCUUGGCCACAGCUUUCGUCCACUUCACAACGGAUCGCUGCUCCACGUCCAUCGCCUUCGUCGUCAUCCGGUGGAGCAGAAAAGAAGAGAAUCGCCCAUGUUCCUAACGUGAUGGGUAUGCUUACCUCCAGACCCAAAGCUGCUGCUCUGGCAACUGUUUCGCCAGGUCUUCCGGCUGGUUUGGGAUUGCCGACCAACCAGCAACAACCGACGACGCUGCAGAGAGCCGCCUUACCUGGAAACAACGCUUUCCGGCGACCUGUUCCCAACAAAGCAGCUGGGCCACCCGUUCCGGCAGUGAAAGCUCCGCCGCCCAAACUUCCACGUCCCAUGAUAGCGAUUGAACUGGGCUGUCGGGUGCCGGCCAAUAUUCGACAAAAGUAUCUCAACAUCCUGGUGGACGAAACGCUCAAAAUUUACGACCGGGAAGAAGAUGCUUAUGAAAGAGCCGUCGAAGAAGAAAGGCAGUCCUAUGCCAAGUGUAGCAGUAGGAUCGUGUACGCCAACGUCAUCACCAACGUAGUCCAGCGCAUCCGGCGAGAAGCUGAAAGUAACAGCAAUCCGAGUUCCACUAUUCAAAAUGACAAGAAGAUGAUGUCCCACUCGGCUGUAUUGGCCGGCAAAGGAGGAGCCACCGUGUCUUGGAGUAUUGAAAAGCCAAAAUCAAGCAAGAUCGAUUCCAGUCUCUUGAAAGGAGCAACCCUGUACAAACUGAUGGAACGACAUCUCCUCACUCUGGAGCAACAGGAUUUCAAUGGGUUUCCACGACCGGAUCCCAAUGAAAGAGGCCGAGCCCUUGUCAAUCCCAUCAACAAAUUCCGCACAAAGCCGAGUGUCCACCUAGCACCUGACGAGCGCAAUUGCGAUCGAUGUAGUAAAGUUUACAAAGUCAACAGUAAAGGCCUGGCCGUCAAACAGGACGACACCUGUUCCUACCAUUGGGGCAAACCCUUCGCCCGUCGCGGUGAGACUCGUUAUACCUGCUGCAAAGGGGAGGCCAAUUCCGACGGUUGUUCCGUGGGAAAAUGGCACGUAAGUGAUACCGGAAGUCUGAUCAACCUCAAGGGAUUUGUGCGGACGAUGUCCAAAACGCCGCCACCCGACGGCAACUACGGCGUCUACGCGCUGGAUUGCGAGAUGUGCUACACGACGGAAGGGCCCGAACUCACGCGAGUCACCGUUAUCUCGUCUGAUUGCAAAACGGUUUACGAGACGCUCGUCAUGCCGGACAAUCCAAUUCUCGAUCACAACACGCGAUUCAGUGGCAUCACCGAGGAGGACUUGCUUAACGUCAAGACGACCAUCCGAGACGUCCAGGCCGUUCUGCUCAGCAAGUUUUCCGACAAGACCAUCCUGAUCGGACACAGUUUCGACAGUGAUUUACGAGCCUUGCGGAUGAUACACGACACAGUCGUCGACACCAGCGUCGUGUUUCCGCAUUCCAGAGGCCCACCUUACAAAAAAGCUUUACGGACAUUGUGCGGCGACAUUUUGCAAAAGAUCAUCCAGAACGAUGUUGGAGGUCACGACAGUGCAGAAGACGCUAUUGCGUGCAUGGAACUAAUGAUGUGGAAAAUCAAACAAGAUUUAAAGCAACUCAAGUAAA